CAAGCAACAAGGUCAUAUCAAGCCAAGCAGUUGAAAGAUGAAACUUAGGCUGAAGUUUCUAAAUAAGUUCCAUGUUUUCGAGACGGCAACAGCUAGUGCCACUCUUAAUGAGAUUUUUGAAUCUGCUACAAAAAUCUUUGGUUUAAAAAGAGAAAAUGUUCAAAUAAGUCUUAAUGCAAAAGAUUAUUAUAAUAUAAAUCAUUCAAAUCAAUCUAUAUCUAAUCUUGGUAUUGUUAAUGGGGAUAUCAUAUAUAUACGUUCAUUGGAAAAAUUAGAUGAUAUUAAACAAUCAUUAGAAAUUGAAUUAACUACUCCUAUUUUUAGAUUAAUUAAUCAUAUAACUAAUUUUCAACCAUAUUCAUCGAUUUAUUUAAUGGCUAUUCCAUUGUAUAUAUUUGCUACUGAUAAAGGUUUACAUAAUUUAGAUGAUCUAAAUCAAUAUUAUCAGCAAAGAUCAUCAAUUAUACGUUUAACAUUUAAUUAUCCUCAAGUACAUUCUAUUAAAGUAAUUUUUACAUUAUUUCAAAAUGGAAAUAUGAUAUGUAUUGCUGCAAGUGUUCAAGAUCAUCCUAUUCGAAAACAAUUAAUUUUACAAACAAAAAUUUAUCUUAUCAAGCAAGAUGCCAUAUGCCAAUCUACUGUGAACAAAUUAAAUCUUCUAUAUAGAAAUUUACGAUUAUUGGCUAUACGAAUUAAAGAUGAAUUAAUUGAACCUAUACUGUUGGCUAUUCAUUCAGAAUUUAAUUUAUCUCCAAGACUUCAUUUAUGUACUCUUCCAAGAGAAUUAUUUUGUGAAAUAUUGUGUUAUUUACCGUUAACAUCACUUGGUUCCUUAAUGUUUUGUAAUCGUGAAUUAUAUUAUCGUAUACGUAAUUGUAAUACAAUUUGGCGUAUUCAAUUAGCUAAGUUGAAUGCUAAAAAGAGAUUGAUCUUAGAUGAUGUACAUAGUCGACAACAAUCAUCAUCAUCAUUACAACAAGUCAAUCAAGAACAGACUACUUUGCAUAAAAGUCAACAGAAGAAUAUGAUUGAAUUCAAUAUCAUUGAUGACGAUAUUACUAAUGAGAAGGAUCAAACUAAAAAAGAUGAAGCUUAUGAACAAUUUUUAACUCGUUAUAAAAGUUUGUUUACCCAAAGAAGAUAAACACUGGCAGUUUCGAAUCCUAAAAGAUUUUUUCCACAUUUCUGCUCGUCAUUUUGUUACUGUGCAACAUUUUAUAUUCAUAGACAAAUUCAUAUGGGUUGUACACUGCGACUGAGUUUCUCAUUGUAUAUAUAUUUCUGUUGUAUGAA